AUGUGCACACAACCUGUCCAGCUGUGGGAGGUGAGAGGGGGCUGCAGUGUCAGCGCUUUCCCCAGCAGUUCCCAAGAGUCCUCUGCAGUGAUCAGGCCACUGAUUGUCCUUAAAGGCACAGAUGGUGUCCUGAGCUUCAUGAUAUGGCCUUCACAACUAUGGCAGCCAGCUGUGUUCUUCUGGUUUUCUUUAGUACCAGCUUUGUCCUGCAGUGCAUGUAAGAGACACCAGAUCCUCACAGCAAGGGCAAACACAGCCCACUACACUGGGAACUUCUUCAUCGGCUGCUCACACUCUGUGCAGGAGAAGUUCCAGUCAGCACACAGCAUGGACAUGAGGGCCCUUGCUCAGCUCCUGGGGCUCCUGCUGCUCUGGGUUGCAGGUGCCAGAUGUGACAUCCAGAUGACUCAGUCUCCCUCAUCAUUGUCUGUGUCUCUAGGAGACACUGCCACCAUCACUUGCAGGGCCAGCGAGGACAUUGGGUAUGCUUUAGCCUGGCACCAGCAGCAACCGGGGAAAGCUCCAACAUCUCUGAUAUAUAGCGCAGAUAGUUUAGAAUCUGGAGUUCCACCAAGGUUCAGUGGCAGUGGGCAUGGGACAGAGUUCACUCUCACCAUCAGCAGCCUGCAGCCUGAAGAUGUUGCCACUUAUUACUGUCAACAAGUUUUCAGUACUCCUUCCACAGUGAUACAAGUCAUAACAAAAACCUCCCAGAGAAGCAAAGUGUGA